AGGCGCAUCUGUUUGUUGUUAUUGUAUGAGUCCCGCGACGGACGGCACAAUAAAGCCUCAGAAGGUUGACCUUACCGACGUUCCUUCUCUGCGGGCAGAGAUCAUAUCGGGGGAUCUUUCCAGAGUGAAGCCAGUGUUCUCACGGGAUAGCAAGUAUCUAUAUUGUGGCAGUGGAAAGGAGAUACUCAAGUACAGCCUCAGUGCUGAGCGACUAGUAAAAGCAUUGUGCGGCCACGAAGAUGCCGUGACUGAUCUUUGCCUCAACUCCGAUGGUGAUCUAGUCAGUUGCAGCUUGGAUGGUACUAUAAGAAUUUGGAAGGAUGAUGUCAGCUCGAAGGUCCAUCAACUUACCAAGCCUAUACGCUUCAUGGACACUGACAAGACUGGAAAUGUUUGGUUCGUAGUCUUACAGGAUGAAGGGGCUACUGCCGCCUACCCCAAGGGCACUCUCUGUGAGUUUGAUAUAUCCACAGGCAAAGUAUAUGCUCAUGUUUAUGCUGGUUGUAUUCAUGCGAUGCAAGUGUCACCCUCUGGACGGUUCGCAGCCGCUAUCGUUGGGGGUCAUGCUGGACGGUUGUUGGUCAAUUGCCGCAACGAAAAGGUUACGAGGGAAUGGCGACAGCUUCAACGGGGAUCUGCUAGACUUACUGCACUGGCCUUUCACCCCUCGGAUGAGCAUAUCGCUACCGGUGAUCAGAAUGGUCGUAUCAGGAGAUGGUAUGUCUUUUCGGGUGAGGAUAACAGAUCUCUCGCCGGGUCUGGGGAACGGGAGGCUGUGAAGAGCGAGCAACACUGGCACUGUACUCCUGUCAAGGGCUUGGCCUUUGCUGGCGCUAGCGAUGUCCUUAUAUCGGUCGCUGGGGAAGCUGUGCUGUGUCAAUGGACAUCGCCAUCCCAAAGGCAUCCAGGAGUGCUGCCGCGCAUAGCCCGUAGUGGAGCCGCACAGAUGGCAGUUGGUCCGGCGAAGCAGGGGCUAGUUGCUGUCAUCGGCAAGGCCAACUCGGUGUCGAUCGUAGAUGUUAAUAACAACCAACUGAAAUGUACCCUAUACGGCAUGGCCACUACGGAGGCUGCUGCUACUGUGGAGGAAGGGUCGAGGAAGGCGGCCGGAGGGACUAUGCUGUCUUCGAGUUCCGGCUGUCAGCUUACUGCUCUGGAAGACAACGCUGUUCUAGUUAGCUCACCAGCAUUCACUGACGUACAGAUAUUCGAUGCAGCGGAGCUCCGUUUGGCCGACGAGAUCGUCCCAUUGGUUGCUCGUAACUUCGUCACUACUGCGUGGCAGACCGGCAGCAAAACAGGAGCGAUUCCACCAGUUCCUUGGGUGGUGUCUGCCAGUAGUGGUAGCAACGAUGGUUCCUGGCUGGUCGGAGCGCUGCAUCGUCCAAGUGCUAUCGAUGGUGAAGGCGACGAGACUCUGUUGAAGUUCUGGGAUAGGAAGGGCAAUAGGCUCCACACGGUCUGUGUAUCCCCACAUAAGGAUCGCAUUACGGCCUUGUUGCCUAUAACGCGGAAACUGCCGGAAACUGCUGCUGAUGGGUCUGAGAGUGAACAGUUAUUCGCCUCCUAUUCGAGAGACGGAACUGUAUCUAUAUGGGGUCUGGUAGCCCCGGAUGAGGCCAGUGAGAAUAGCAAUAGGAGGUGGCAUCUGAGGGCCUCAUUGGGCUGGAGGGGCCACACUGUCCCUCAGGCUAUGACCUGUGAUGAGGACGGCUCGGUGUUGGUGGCGGCUUUUGGGAAUUAUGUUACUAUAUGGUCCCUCGAUAGCUACACAGAACUCACUGCUGGUCGAAUCCACAUGUCAAUGCCUGUGAAGGGAGUGCAUAUGUAUGGCACUCGACUGUACUGUCUGACGGCAUCUAAGGGGGUUUCCCUCCUGACCUCGGUGGAUCUACUCACACUGAAGACCGACAAGACCGUCACCUUUCAUGGCAAGGCUUCCUCUCUGUCGGCCCAGAUAGGCAAGGAGAAGAUGUUCAUCACGUGUCCUCGCAAGGUUCUCUGCUUCUCGGCACCAGCAUUGAAACUGGUGUCGAGUGUGCCGUUGUCAGCAUCUGCUGUCAGUUCAUGUGUCCUCAGUACUGGUCUUGUUAUAGUCUGGGAUCAGUCUGGCAAGGUGCUGAAACUAGACCCUGAUUCCCCAGUGGAAGGAGUUAAUGAGAUUAACACGUCUAUGCCUCCCGUGGAGGAGGCGGGUGUCGAGGAGGACAGCAAGAUGAUAGUAGAAGAGGAGGAGGAGGAAGAGCAAGAAGGGGUUGAAGAUCUCAUUGAUGCUGUUGACCAGUGGAGUCUCGCUGACGAUAAGAUGCUCAAGAAUGUGAAUGUGUUGAGUGCACUGAACAGUCUUGUCGAGCCAACUGCACCUUCCCACGUUUGUCCGAUGCCGUCGAAGCUCCUCCCGGAUCUCUUGGACCGUAUAUUUGACGUGUCUCGAUCGACAGCGGCAGAUGGCGCCUAUCGGAGGAACUUCACGUCGUCGUAAUGGGUGGUUAUUAGGAAGCUUCCCUAACUCAACGUACAUAACAAAAACAGGCGGAUACUGCUGCCUUUGGACAUAUCGUUAUUAGAUUUCGUCCACUACAGUUUACCAC